AUGUCGGGCUUCGAGGUUGCUGGGGUGGUCCUCGGAGUCAUACCUCUAGCCAUAUCGGCCCUCGAACACUACAAAGCCGGAAAAGGCACCGUGGCUACCUUUAUGAAGUUUCAUGGGCAGCUAGACACGCUUAUAUACCGGCUGAAGCUUCAAAGAACCUUCUUCUACCUCCAUAUCCUCGAGUUACUGCGCAGCGCUGGGGUCAGAGAGGUAAUCAGCAGGUCAGACAUAAGCGAAGAGGAGUGCAUUAAGUUGCUCCAGAACGUCAAGAACACCGAGGAGAUUAAAGAGUAUCUGGGAACUGGCCAUCUAUUUGACACCUUUCAUCAGAUUCUGGCAAGGUAUGAGAAUUGCUUGAAGACGAUUGCUGCCAAAGAUGACCUGAAGGCCAUUCUAGAGAACAAUUCAGCAAGCGCCUCUUCGUUUGCUUUCAAGGAGCGGUUGAGCUUCUCGAUUGAGAAAGGCAGCCUAAAGCAGUUGGUUGAGGAGCUGAGCGAGGAUCGACUCUCUUUGAAGGAGCUCAUUGACAACAUAAAAACGCAGCAAGAGUAUACAUCGAGGAAUCCUUCAGAAGACGCCCAAAAGAUGGCGAAGAAGCUUUGCAAGAUACAGAAGUACGCAGCUCCUCUAUUCGAGGCAAUGCGCAAAGGUUGUGACUGUGGCUGCAAGAAUAAGCACAAGGUAUUUAUGAGGCUUGAUAGCAGAAUUCCGCUCAAGAGGAGCAGACGGAAGAAGCUGAAGGACGAAACGGAAUUCAGCCUUCUAUUUGACCAUCAAGGAUAUCUGCAGGAGACCCAUGUCAACGUCCAUGAGGAUGACGGUGACGACAGCGGAGACAACGAGAUCAAAAGCAGGAAUACAACCAGGGUUGUCAUUGUCCAGCAUUUCGAACAGAGUCCGAAGGGGAGAACCGUGACACGAUUGUGCCGGCAUGUAGCUGAGUUGCAAGAGACAGGACAUGUCUUGAAGCUCAGGCUAAGCAACCGCGACCUCUUUAUUGUCGAAGGGGAGGCUGAACAUAAUCGAGAUUUCGCAAGUCCAAUAACCUUGUCGGAGAUCCUCAAAGCCGGGUGUCAGGAUGAUGAUGCCAAAAUGUUCCCGAAGGAACAGACGCUAUUGGCUUUGACCGUUGCAUCGUCCAUCUUACAAUUGCAACAAACUUGGUGGUUGGGCCUGCCAAUCAAUAGCAACGGGAUCAAAAUAUUGACCCCACAAGAGCAGUCCGUCACCUCGAAUAGCUCGCCCUUUAUUGAGCAGCUCAUGGGCGAAACUCCGCCCUCCCUGGAAAAUGCUGUCCGGUGCAGUACUAUAGGCCCGGAUCCCAAAACUGCAUUAACAGAGCUGGCAAUCCUCUUACUGGAGAUCUGGCACCACAAACCGCUUGAUGUCUGGUGCGAGAAGAUGGGCAAAGCAAUCCCGACGUCGCCACAGGGACGUAUGAUGGUUGCCAUCGAAUGGCUGCAGGCUACCUCGAGGCGCUUGCUUCCAUACCAGAGCCAAGUUAUCGAACAGUGUUUACAAGUGUGUGCGGGAGCUCUCCGAUACUGGCAUGAAAAGGACUUCAUAAGAAUGUACUGCGAGAAUAUUAUCAAGCCUUUGCAAGAGACUCUUGGAGCAUGGGAUACUUCAAGGAGGGUAUAG